AUGCUAGCCAAAGCCCUAAGCCGUAGCUUCUCACAAGCCCACAAAACCCCUGUCAGAAUUGCAGUCACAGGAGGUUCUGGCCAGAUUAGCUACAGCUUAUUAUUCCGUUUAGCAAGUGGUGCUUUAUUAGGUCCUCAUCAGCCAAUCAUCCUUCAAAUUCACGAUCUCCCAAUGAUGCAACAAGCUCUCAGAGGUGUUGUUAUGGAGCUCCACGAUUGUGCUUUCCCUCUACUUCACGAUGUCAUUGCAACUGAUGUUCAAAGCACCGUCUUUACUGAUGUCGAUUAUGCCUUUUUAGUCGGAUCAAAGCCAAGAGGCCCAGGAAUGGAAAGAGGUGACCUCCUCAAACAAAACGGAGAAAUCUUUGUAAAGGUUGGAGAAGACCUCAAUAAGUACGCCAAAAAGACUUGCAGAGUGAUCACAGUCGGAAACCCAGCCAACACCAAUUGUUUGAUUGCACAGUCCCAUGCGCCUGAUAUUCCAAAGCAGAAUUUCUCAGCUAUGACAAGACUUGACCAUAAUAGAGCUCUUAUUCAAUUGGCUCUCAGAACUGGGACUCCAGUAACCUCAGUUAGCCAUGCCUGCAUUUGGGGUAACCAUUCUUCAACUAUGUUCCCUGAUGCAAGCCAUGUAAAGAUUAAUGGACAUGCAGGAAAUGCUAGGAUCACUCAAGAAUACAUUACAAGCGAAUUUAUUCCAAUUGUACAACAAAGAGGUGCAGCUAUUAUUGCAGCUAGAAAAUUAUCAAGCGCCGCAUCAGCAGCCAAUGCAGCUAUUGACCAUAUGAGAGACUGGACUUUUGGAACCCAAGGAGGAUGGGUAAGCAUGGCAGUUCCUAGCGAAUUAUAUCAUGGAGCAUAUGGAGUACCUGAAGGACUCAUUUUCUCAUACCCACUCACAGUAGAUGCAUCAGGACAUUAUCAUCUUGUCAGGGAUCUGCCUAUGAACAGCUUUGUGAAUGAAAAAUUAAGAUUAACCAUUGACGAGCUCCAAAAAGAAAAACAAGAAGUCCAACACUUGCUUAAAAAAUAA